AUGUAUUCCGCAACUUAUCAACCUACAUUUGAUUUAUCCUCUGCUGCUUCUCACUUGACUACUCCCUCUGAUAUCGAAUUUGAUCGUUGCUUAACUACCUAUCAACGUCAUGACAGUAUCGAUUACAGUCGUAGACCUAGUUAUUUCACUGGUUUAUUAGGAAACCCUCAAAGUGAAGCAAGUUACUCUGAUCAUGAACAGCAAACUCCUAGUCCAUUCAAUAGUUACGAAGAUUACCAGCAUCAACAAUAUCCUCAUCCUCUUGAUAAUGCAAGCAAGCGUCGCCUCAGUACCCUCAUUGAAUUGCCUCAUUUGUCUGCUGCUGCCAAUGGUACUGGUGCUGUCUAUCAUCAUCACCCUCCCGCUGUUGAUCAUCUUGGCUAUUCCAAUGUUGUAAAUCCAUGGCUCACCGCCGCCGCCGCCGCCGCUGCUGCUGCUACCUCUGCUCCUUCCACAACAGCAAACUCGUCAGCAAACACCAGUCCAUCACGUUUAUCAUCUCCCAUGAUUUACGCCAAUCCUGCUGUGGACAUGUAUUCACCUCAAUCAUACUUUAAUCAUCAACAUCAGCCAUCAUUUGACCAACAACAAGCUCAGCAUCAACAACAAGCAUUCCAUCCUCUUUGUGGUCCUAUGCAAGACAGCUUGAUGGCCAAUGGUAUCUUCCGUGAACGUGCCUCAUCUUCGUCAUCAUUGUCUUCUUCAAGCGACAGUGCAUUAUCUAUCAGCCCUCCUCCCAGUCGCCGCACCAGUAAAGCCAAUGUCAAAUCUCCAUUGAAGGCAACUCGUUCUCGUGGCCGCAGAGUAUCAAAUAGCCCUAGUGUUGCAGGUCAAAAAGUAUUCACUUGUAAACAUGAUGAUUGUGGAAAAGUAUUCAAGAGAUCUGAACAUUUAAAACGUCAUGUACGUUCAAUUCAUACAUUGGAAAAACCCUUCGAAUGCCCCUAUCAAUCUUGCUCAAAGCGCUUCUCUCGCUCUGACAAUUUGAACCAACACAUUCGUAUCCAUCGUCAUACUGGAAAAGACAAAACUAAUAACAAUAAUACUGCUGCUUCUUCUGCUACUGCUGCUGCUGCCGCUGCCGCUGUCUCAAAUGUCACUUCAUCAGCAUCAGUACCAAGAAACAACUCAUUCAGUAAUUAUAUGCCCACUUAUUAA